UCCGUGCAUAACAUUGUAUUCGAUUAUUCGCUCAGUCCACGGAUAGCGGGCGGCUGUGCGCGAGAAAAAAAAAUCUUUGUGUCGUCAGACGACUGUGCUCGAACAUUUUGUAUUUCGAAAAUAAAGAGUAUUUCUCAUUCUUCUUCAGAGGUUUUCCAUGAGACGGUACGCGAGGAAACGCAGAAGUGACGGCCGUGCGGAUAGUGGGGACAGUGGCGUGUGUGAAGCGCAAGCGUGGACAAAAGACUCAGAAGAGAGUCAGUCGUUCACGAACCACCGGCAACGAUGAACCUAAACAACAAUCAAGAAGGAAUUUUGAAUCCAGCGGGGAUUCGGGUGGAUCCGAACCAGCCACCACCUCCGGGCGUUGAGGCGCAACCUCAAUGUCCCGGAGGUGUAAGUGUGCGGCUGAGGCACCCGGUCCCGCUACAGCAGCCGGGGGUGGCGUGGGGGGUCAACCCGAAUCCCCCACGUCCGGGAUACCAUUGGGGCAACGCGCCGCCCCAGUGGUAUGGAUGGCGGCAGGAGCCUCAACAGCCCCUAACGCCGAUUCCGGAACUCUACGGCGAGCGACAGGGGCUGUUGAUGGCGGCCGCUGUUCAGCCGCCACCGCCGCCACUCCAGUCCCCGAUGAUGCUGUUCCGCCGCCCUCUCCUGCUGCCUCUCGGUGGCGAGGCCUGCUCGCGCGGCUAGCCCGACGCUAGAGGAACGGAUCACGGAGGCUGUCCGGGUGGCGGUGGCAGCCGCUAUGACUACCGGCGGUCCCGUUCCUCGAGGGGAAGGCAGCCGCCGAAACCGGCACCGCCGCCGUCGAGGAGGUGGUAGGGGAAACCGCAGGGCCGGGAGAGGGGGGCGCAACCA